AUGGAAACUUCAACACCCUUAAUUGGUAAUUCUCUACAUUCUAGACAUUCACCUUUUUUAACUGGGCAUGUAUUUAAUAGUUAUCAUAGUGAAACUCAGAUUAUUAGAUAUAUGAAAAGACUUGAAAAUAAAGAUCUCUCACUUGUCCAUUCAAUGAUUCCCCUCGGUUCUUGUACUAUGAAAUUAAAUGCAAGUUGUGAAUUAAUUCCUAUAAGUUGGCCGAAAUUAGCUAAUAUUCACCCUUUUGUACCUACAGAACAAACAAAAGGAUAUUCUAAAAUUUUUAAUGAUUUGGAACGUUGGUUGUGUGAACUUACUGGUUAUGAUAAAUUCUCUUUACAGCCAAAUAGUGGGGCUAAUGGUGAAUAUGCUGGUAUGUUAGCGAUUCGUGGUUAUUUCCAUUCUAAAGGGGAGGGCCAAAGAAAUAUUUGUUUAAUACCUGUAUCUGCCCAUGGAACUAACCCAGCUACUGCACAUAUGGCUAAUUUUAAAGUUGUCCCAGUUGAAUCAGAUAAACAUGGAAAUAUUAAUUUUAAAGAUCUCUCUGAUAAAUGUGAACGUUUUUCUAAUGAAUUAGCAUGUGCAAUGAUUACAUAUCCUGUAAGAUUAUUUUUUCAAAAUUAA